AAAUCAACAAGAAGAUAAAAGAAGUUGCCAUGGUCUGCAUCAAAAAAUUUUCAAGAACCAGAGCGCGUAUUGAGAGUUGUUAGUCAGGCGAGACCUAUAGAUUUUUGUUGCAAGAAGUAGUAGAUAACCGACAUGGACAUCAUGUCCUUCAAACACAAGAAAAUAUCGCUUUUUGUGAUUUUAUCUCAUGUCCACGAAAGGAACACAAUCAUGAUAAAACAGUCGAUAGGCUUGGCCCACCUUCGGGACGUCUCCAGGUUUUUUCCUUCACAUCCUCGCUUUCUGCUCGUUCUUGUUUUCAAGAUCUGCUUUAUCAUGUCUUUGGCCGUGGAAACUACACUCGUCGCCGGAAAACAUGAGGACGCACCCCUCGAAGACGGUACCUUUAUGCACCUUCUCGUCAUUCCAGGCGGUGGCAUUGUUGAUGAAGAGCCUGCACCAUGGACCAAAGCACGACUUGAUGCCGCGGCAACAUACGCACACGAGAACUCGCUGCUUUGUCUUGAAGAUACUGACGGACGCAAGAUCAGGAGCGGAGAGGAUGAUAUCGUCACGACGAUGAGUUAUCGUUUCCUAACCUUAUCGUUGGGCACGCCGCACAAACCGAUUCCGGUGACCAGCGAAGGAAACUCCCUCAGUGAAGCAGGAGCAGCUGCGAAAUACCUGAUUGAAAAACACAACAUCCCUUAUGCAUGGAUCAUCUUUUUGUUUUUUGAUAGAUAAUCAACAGCUUCGUAUCACUCUUAUCUUUUCUAUGUGUUGAUCUCAUCACGCACAUGCACUGCGAAGAUGAUCUUCCUCUCUUUGGAAAUUGAUCUGAUACUAGCUAUCUAGCUCGUCUAGCAUUGACACGGAAUAUGGGACCUGAUAAAAAUAUAUGUUGGUUGGUCUAAGCUUCGCCGAGUAUGAUUCUCGAAGAGGGAGCAAGUCUCGAUACCAUUGGUAAUGCGUUUUUUCUUCGAGUGGUACACGUAGAGGCAUUGCAGAGACAGUUUGGGCGGCUGCAAAUCGCUGUCUUCACUUCCGCAUUUCACAUGCCCCGAACUGAAGCAAUCUUUCGGCAUGUGCUUUCAAUACCGUGGCACAUCAAUGGUAGAGUAGAAGCCGGAGCAAAUGGUGAACUCAGACAAGCGAACGGGAACGAUGCUGGACAGGCAGUAGAGGAAAAUGUCGAAGUUCCGGAUUCAGAUAUGACGAACAAAAAUAACAAUCCACUAAAACUUUCGUUCCACACGACGCCAAACGUCGGCAUCGCGGAUGACCAGAUGGCGGCACGAAGCGAGCGCGAAGCGGCAAGUCUAGGUACCUGGAGGGAAAGGACGCAACCUCGGUUGCGCACGUUGUUGGACGUACACACAUUCAUAUUUCGGGAGCAUGGGGCUUACGCAUCGAAACGCUUCGUCCAGCGAGCCAGUACUGUCGACUCAGCAGCCGUUCGAGGCACCUACUAGUCAGCAUGCGGGAGUGGGAAAACCUGAGUAUCUACUAUCAGACUGGGUGCGGUUGCUGAGUGAGCACACAUCACGACGAUGAACAUUUUUAGUGAACCUCGUCCAUAUUGGGCUCAUCACGCUCUCGCUCAUUUUACAAUUCACUUCUGCGCGGAUGUGGAGUUGGAUGCGAUCCUGUGUGUGCAUCGAGCCUACUGCUUCUAAGAAUUAUGAACUUGAAUGUAACAAAGAAAUGCGUUUAUUAUCAUCAACACAGUCAGCGGCGAAGAUUUUGUCGACCACGAUCAUUCCUUGUUUUGAUAUUGCCUUAAUUACGAGCGACUAGGAAUCUUCAGAAGUUUUAACAGAAACAGACAACGACAAACAAAUUCCGACAACGAAAAAUGCAAGAAAAUGACAAUGGAAUAUACUUACACAGCAAUCUAACUGCAGAUACGCAGCCUUCCGCAAGCGAUGUCUUUUAACAACUUCUUCAUGAAUUCGAAUGCUUCGAAAAACGGACUGGACCUUGUAUAUUGAAGAAGGUAAUGAACAACAACAGUGGCUAUGCUGAUGGUAGAUGGUCAUGGUUGAGGUUGACAGCUUGAUACGUAAGAUAUCACGACUAUGGCAAACACGCAGCUGACAACAUAGAAGCAUUAUAGAUACGGAAAUAAUUUGAAUUUUCAUGCAGCGUUUUAGCACUGCUACUGCUUAUCCCCAUUCUUGUAAGUGAUGGCUCCAGCUUCUCCAACCAACAUUCUCCAACCAACAGGUGAGUCGGUGUUUCUUGUUAGGAAGGGCAUUUUGCGCUGCCAUGAGCAGCAUCAGCAGAGGGUAAAAAUAGGGGAGAGACGAGGCGUUCUAGAUAGGAUCGGAAUUUUUCGAGAGUUCGAGUCCUGGCACUGUUGAUGACACAUUCAUAGUUUUUCAGAUGCGUUUACGACUUUCACCUCGCCUGUGCCCCUGCUCAUUGUAGUGGAGCAUGUAUUUUUGAAUGAGGCUUCUUAUUUUGUUAACGUUGGUCAUGAAGUACUAGUGUAUGGAUUAAGCC